GACACAAGAAGCUUUUCUCACUUGUGAGUCCUGUGCAAGAUCACUAAUGAUUACCUAGCAUUUCUGCGACACAAACACGUUCUCAGGGUUUGUGCAAGUUUGCAAACAUGUUCACUGUAUCUCAGACCUCGAGAGCAUGGUUUAUUGAUAGAGCCCGCCAGGCACGAGAAGAAAGGCUCGUGCAGAAGGAGCGGGAGCGGGCAGCUGUUGAGAUUCAGGCCCACAUCCGGAGUUUUCUCUGUCGGGGUCGACUGCAGAGAGACCUCAGGCAAGAGAUCGAUGAGUUUUUUAAAACAGAUGACUCUGGGUCCAGUAAAAAAAGUGCAUUUUGUAUUUUCAAGAUUGCCAGGAAGCUGCUGUUCUUAUUCAGAAUUAAAGAGGAUAAUGAGAGAUUCGAUAAGUUGUGUCACUGCAUCCUGAGCAGCAUGGACGCUGAGAAUGAACCUAAGGUGUGGUAUGUGUCCCUGGCUCUUUCCAAGGAUCUCACCCUCCUGUGGAUUAAACAGAUCAAGGACAUUCUGUGGCAUUGCUGUGAGUUUCUUGAGCAGCUCAAGCCUGAAAUCUUACAAGACUCCAGACUCAUCACACUGUACCUCACGAUGCUUGUCACCUUCACAGACACUUCAACAUGGAAAAUUCUUCGGGGAAAAGGUGAGAGUCUUCGACCAGCCAUGAACCACAUUUGUGCAAAUAUAAUGGGACAUCUCAACCAGCAUGGAUUUUAUUCUGUGCUUCAGGUAUUGCUAACCCAUGGACUGGCAAGACCCCGGCCUUGUCUGUCCAAAGGCACUCUAACAGCAGCCUUUUCCCUAGCAUUGCGCCCUGUGAUUGCUGCACAAUUUUCAGACAAUCUGAUUCGUCCCUUCCUGAUCCACAUCAUGUCCGUGCCUGCUCUUACGAUUCAUCUGCGCACAGUGACCCCUGAGCGCCUCACUGUUUUAGAAUCUCAUGACUUGCUUCGUAAAUUCAUCGUAUUUUUGAGAGACGAGGAUCGAUGCCGUGACGUAUGUGAGAGUUUAGAAGGAUGCCAUACACUUUGUCUAAUGGGCAAUCUCCUACACUUGGGCUCCCUCAGCCCCAGAGUAUUAGAGGAGGAGAUGGAUGGGUUUGUCAGUUUGCUCACCCAGAUGCUGUGCUACUGUCAGAAGUACGUGUCCCAGAAGAAAUCCAACCUGACCCACUGGCACCCUGUCCUUGGCUGGUUCUCCCAAUCUGUGGACUAUGGCCUUAACGAGUCAAUACACUUAAUCACCAAACAGCUGCAGUUCCUGUGGGGGGUGCCUCUGAUCCGGAUCUUCUUUAAUGACAUCCUGAGCAAGAAGCUGCUGGAGAACCAGGAGCUGGCCCACACGCAGCCAGCAUCCCCACAGAAUGUGCUUCCAGUGAAGAGUCUCCUAAAGCGUGCAUUUCAGAAAUCUGCAUCAGUCCGGAAUAUUCUCAGGCCUGUGGGGGGUAAACGCGUCGACUCUGCAGAAGUCCAGAAGGUUUGCAAUAUCUGUGUCCUCUACCAGACCUCAUUGACAACUCUCACCCAGAUCCGUCUACAGAUACUAACAGGUCUCACUUACCUUGAUGACCUGCUGCCCAAACUGUGGGCGUUUAUAUGUGAGCUGGGGCCCCACGGAGGGUUAAAGCUCUUCUUGGAAUGCCUGAACAAUGACACCGAAGAGUCCAAGCAGCUCUUGGCCAUGCUGAUGCUGUUCUGUGACUGCUCCCGGCAUCUUAUCACGAUCCUUGAUGACAUUGAAGUUUAUGAAGAACAAAUUUCAUUCAAACUGGAAGAGCUGGUCACCAUUUCCUCUUUUUUGAAUUCCUUUGUGUUUAAGAUGAUCUGGGAUGGAAUCGUAGAGAAUGCCAAAGGUGGGACUUUGGAGCUGUUCCAGUCUGUCCACGGGUGGCUGAUGGUGCUCUAUGAACGGGACUGCCGGCGGCGCUUCGCCCCUGAGGACCACUGGCUGCGAAAGGAUCUCAAACCUAGUGUGCUCUUCCAAGAACUCGACAAGGACAGAAAACGGGCACAGUUGAUCCUGCAGUACAUUCCUCAUGUCAUUCCUCACAAAAACAGAGUUCUUCUGUUCCGAAAUAUGGUUACCAAAGAGAAAGAGAAACUGGGGCUUGUGGAAACCAGCUCUGCCUCCCCCCACGUCACUCACAUCACUAUCCGUCGGUCGCGGAUGUUGGAGGACGGCUACGAGCAGCUUCGGCAGCUCUCCCAGCAUGCCAUGAAGGGUGUGAUCCGCGUGAAGUUCGUCAAUGACCUCGGAGUGGAUGAGGCAGGGAUUGAUCAAGAUGGCGUUUUCAAGGAGUUCUUAGAAGAGAUCAUCAAGAGGGUGUUUGACCCAGCACUCAAUCUGUUCAAGACAACCAGUGGGGAUGAGAGGCUAUACCCCUCGCCCACAUCCUACAUUCAUGAGAAUUACCUGCAGCUCUUCGAGUUUGUGGGGAAGAUGCUGGGGAAGGCUGUGUAUGAGCGCUAUGACGGGGACAUUGCUGACCUGGGCCUGACGCUGUCUUAUGAUGAGGACGUCAUGGGUCAGCUUGUUUGCCAUGAACUGAUUCCCGGAGGGAAGACCAUUCCUGUUACAAAUGAAAAUAAAAUUAGCUACAUCCAUCUGAUGGCACAUUUUCGAAUGCACACUCAAAUCAAAAAUCAGACAGCUGCCCUCAUUAGCGGAUUUCGUUCCAUUAUCAAACCCGAGUGGAUCCGAAUGUUCUCAACCCCUGAGCUGCAGCGUCUCAUCUCUGGUGACAAUGCUGAGAUUGAUCUGGAAGAUUUAAAGAAGCACACAGUGUACUACGGUGGUUUCCAUGGAAGUCAUAGAGUCAUUAUCUGGCUCUGGGACAUUCUGGCCUCUGACUUCACGCCCGAUGAGAGAGCCAUGUUUCUGAAGUUUGUGACCAGCUGCUCCAGGCCGCCGCUCCUGGGAUUCGCCUACCUCAAGCCUCCUUUCUCCAUCCGCUGUGUCGAAGUGUCAGAUGAUCAGGACACUGGUGACACCCUGGGCAGUGUCCUCCGGGGCUUCUUCACCAUCCGCAAGCGGGAGCCCGGCGGCCGUCUGCCCACCUCCUCCACCUGCUUCAACCUGCUGAAGCUGCCCAACUACAGCAAGAAGAGCGUCCUCCGUGAGAAGCUACGCUAUGCCAUCAGCAUGAACACGGGCUUCGAGCUUUCCUAGCUCCUGCGCCCAACCCACCCACCUGCCCUUGUGGACUCCAGACCUUCAGCUCCUGAGAGCGUGACCAACAUGCCAGGUGACAUCAGCCCCCAGACCCUCUUUAUAGCCAUGAGACUCCCCUGUGGCCUCAGGAACUUUAGAAGCACGUGAUAACACUACACAGCAUUCUCCAGGUGAUACUAAGGGGAAGGGGGUAUUGAAAAUAAACCACCGGAUUCUGCCCACAUUGGUCCUUUUUCCUGGUGAUUGCAGGGGGGCUUCUUUUUUAUAGUUUGGCCUUUUUGUGAGUCUGUCUUCCCUUAACCCUCUGAGUGAGCUGUGUUUGAACAAGUCCCAGGAGCUCUGAGAGUCCAGAAUGGUUCUCAUGACAUGGGUCUGAGCACAUGAAGCCUACUACACGCGAGAUCCUCUCCUUCUGUUUCCGAAAACCCUUUACUCAGGUAAGGCCUUGCCAAGCCUCUAUGCACCCAACAAAGUCUCUGCCUCCAUCCUGUCCACAGCCGCC